UGUCAAAAUGCAGCCGGCGGAAGCGCAUCCUGCCCUGGGCACUGCAGUUCUCUUCAACGAGAAUCUCCCACAUAUAGCUGGAUCUUUACAAGAAAGCCUCCGACAACAUUUGCUGUUGAAACACGAUCAAUGCGGUGCUGCAGCUUCAGCAAAGAGGGAAGUGAUCCAUGCACUCCAAGAUGCGCAGCUGGAUGUAGAGGCAAAGGUGGAAUUGGAGGUACCAUCUCUCUUGAAGAUCUAUAACGCCUACUCGGACUACAUCGUUGGCUGCCCUCAAGCUGUUCUGCAGGCAACAGCUGCGAAGCUCGAAGGUCUUUUGCAGCAUUUGCGGUCAACCUGUUCACAAGAGUUAGUCCACGCAUGCAGAAUGACCACCCCCUUCAUGUUCGAUGUGUUCAUCUACUAUUUGCUCUUGAAGUACGGGCUGGUUGAUGCGUACUCGAGCCAUGCGAAUGUGACUGCAGAGGAUGUCUUCCGCGGUUGGCCGAUCGAACAGCACGAGGGCCGCGUGUGGUUCCUUUUUGGCGCUUUGUGGAGGGUAAUAUGGCGCGAAAGGGAUUAUUGCGCUUGUGUGGAAGCCUACGAUUACUACACAACUAUGCAUGCCCUUUUUGAGACCUUGCACAUAGGCCGUGGAGACUUGCAUGGCCGGCUACAGCGCAAAAGCAGUGAAAUUCGAAGAAUGGUUGAGGCAGCAGAGCAUUGUGAGGAAUGGUUGGAGAAGGACUUCCAACGGAUUUUUUCAUCGUACGCAAAGCACUCUGCAUGUCUUCCAGGUGCCUUGAUGGAAAACAUCAUAUGCUUGCAGCGCUGGCUGCUGGCUGGUAAGGUUGUGGGGAGCCUCAACACUGCUGAGAUGAUGGUGAAAUUACUCACCCUCAGCGACACCUGUCUGGAGGACACUGCCUGGCCGUUCACCAAGGCGGAUGUCCAGUACAACUUUGCGCGCUUGGCUCAAAAUUGGCGAGCUGGCAACGUGGCGUGCCAUGCAAUGAACAGAUUCGGUGAACAGCUGGAAGAACAUGGCUGCCCCGAGAAGUUGAGCAAUGAAGCCCUGGGACACCUUCUUUGGAAACCCUCACCACUUCAGCAGCAUGGCGCAAAGGUUGAAUGCAUCUUCGAUUUGUCAGAUGUGUGCAUUGCGAACGGCGUAGUCACGGUUCGCAGAGCACCUGGAUUGCCGGAGCAGCUGCAGACAUGCUCUGAGACAGGGCGAAAUCGGCACAAGCUCAAACACAGCGAUUUCAGUGAAUCCUCCUUCGAAUUCGAUAGAGAGACUGUCGGAUUUGUUCUCAACUUGCCUGAAAGCGGUGACAACGUCUGGCACAACCUGCACUGGAUUGUUCCUGCGGCAGCGCGCGUGCAUGGCCGCAGACAAGCCAGCCUUUCUGGCGAGAGAUCUCUCCGCCCAGUCAGCCCUGACAAUGUGCUUCUCAUUCUGCUGUUUGAUGGUUAUGAGUUUCGCGAGGAUGAACUGCAGGUGGAUCUCCCCAAGGAGAAAAUCGAGCUGGAGAGAGCGUUGCAGAAGCAGCGCUUUGAGCAGUGGGUAGUCAGGCACGCACCCUUGCUGCGGCUCUUAACUUCGUCGCCCCCGGUGAUGCUUCACACGUUGCGGAGCCGUUGCUUCAAGCAUGUGCUUUGGGGUCAUGCAGAGAUGCGGGCAGAUCGGGAACUCAAGCACGACACUGCCGUUGGCAUCAAAGACGUGGAGAUCUUCAAGAAUGCCCUGAAUCACCUGCACGGCCAAGAGAUGGAUGCCAUGGCUGCAAAAUUUUGGCGGUUGGAUCCGCCUAAAGCAAUCUAUGGCUCCCAGUCAUCUCAGCAGCGAGGAGCAGGUGCUGGCGCAACAGUGUCGGUGCUCAUUAUUCAGCGAUCAUUUGCACACGGUAGGGCCUUUCUGACGUGGUCCAAUCUGACCCAAGCACUGUCGCCUUUGGCAGGGGCUGGGCAGAUAGCUUGGAGAGCAUUAGAUGACCUGGAACACAGACCGCUCUUGCAACAGGCAGCAUUCUUCCGUAGUGCUGAUGUCCUUGUUGGCGCAGUUGGCGCGGCACUAGGAUGGAUGCUACUGAUGAAGCCGGGCAGUCAAGUUUUGGAGUGGAUUCCGCGAGGGGUACAGCCAUGCUUGUACCGCUGCAGUGAGGAAUGGAAUUCUGACUAUUUGGGCAUGUUCGGAGGCUUGGGCAGGCUAGCUCAAGUAGAUCAUGUCUGCUUGCGCAGUGAUCCUAAGCCGCCACAGGUGCCAGAUGCCAAGAGGUUCUCUGCUACUAGGGCAACGGCAAGAGAUGCCUACUGGAGACUUGAGAACUUGCAGAUUGACCUCGAAAAGUUCACUCGCUGGGUUGAAGAAGGAGUUCGGCGAGCGGCCGGAAAA